AUGGAUGUCAGUACACUAUUUAAAGCAAGUGUAAAGACAAUUAGUCUCCGUAACAAAGCUUUAGGAAUUAAUGAUAAUAUACGAAAUCAAAAAAAGGCAAAGAAUAAAAGUGCCUUUUUUAUAAAAACCCAAAGUGUUGUUGCACAAAUUUCAAGAUUACGUGAAUUCUUAUUGGAGAAUCGUAAAGCAUAUUUAAACUUUUCGAACUAUUUGUCAAAUGUACCAAGCAUGACAAAUGCAGAUCGUGAUAAAAUUGAUAUUGGUGUACAAAAAAUAAUGAGUACCUGUUCUCAAUUAAUCAAAGAAUUAAAAAGAGAAAUAGCAGGUACUGAAGUUUCUCCACAAAAUUUAGAACAUAGAGAAAUUAUGUUGCUACUGCUUGAAGAUUACUUGAAGAAUGUUUGUAAAAUAUACUCAGAACAAAAAGCAAUACGAGUGAAGAGAGCAAUGGAGAUAAGGAAAAUUGCUAAAUUAGAAUUAGACACAAAACCUAUUAGACAAUUAGAACAUGAAAUUAAAAAAUCCAAUUUGAGCACAAAUGAAGAAACUGAAGAUAAAGAAAAUAAAAUUGGUGGUUCCAAUGAUUCUAGCUCUAUGAAAAUACAAGAAUUAAAUGGAGAUGUAAAUACAUUAGUAUAUGAAGAAGAAAUAUCACCUGAAGAUAUACAGCUAUUUGAGGCUGAAAAUGAGCAGUUAUAUAAUGAACUUAGUACAUUAACAGAAGAAGUGAAACAAAUAGAAAGUAAAGUUGUACAUAUAGCUGAAAUUCAAGAAAUAUUUACAGAAAAAGUAUUGGAUCAAGAUAAGGAUUUGGAUCGCUUAAUGACAACGGUCGUUGGAUCAACAGAAAAUGUGAAAGAAGCUAAUGAGCAAAUUAGACAGGCAAUUCAAAGAAAUGCAGGACUUCGAGUAUGGAUUCUUUUUUUCCUUUUAGUUAUGUCGUUUUCUCUGUUGUUUCUUGAUUGGUACAAUCCUUAA